AGCCUCGCCUGCCGUUCACCCCUGACAAACAAACAGUGGAACUGGAAGGAUCUGGAACUGCUCUGAAAACGACCCACCAACACACACACACACACACAUUGGAUUUAUGAUAUUUAGGUAUGCGCUACAGAGGAUACUGCAGAGGUCACGCCUCCUUCUCUGGGACUAACAGCUAAAUGGGCUAUACCAUCUUAUUGGCCAUGCCUCCUUUAUUAGGACUAGCAUGCUGAGGCCACACCUACUUCAUUGGAACCAACAGGUUCAGUGACCACACCUCCUUCAAUGAGACUGACAUGCCGAGGCCACACCUCCUUCACUGGGACUGACAGGUUUAGAGUCCACGCCUUCUUCAUUGGUACUGGCAUGUCGAGUGGCCACACCUUCUUCAAUGGAAUUGAGAGAUGCAGAGGCCACACCUUCUUAAAUAGAACUAACAGAUGCAGAGACCACACCUACUUCAUUUGGAAUGACAGGUUCAGAGGUCACACCUCCUUAACGUGAACUGACAACUUCAGUGGGAAUGUGUCUUUCACUGGGACUGACAUGCUGAGGCCACACCUUCUUCACUGGGAUGAACAGGUUCAGAGGCCAGACCACCUUCACUGGAACUGACAUGUUCAGUGACCACACUUCCUUCAAUGGAAAUGACAGAUGCAGAGGCCACACCUCCUUCAAUGGAACUGAGAGAUGCAGAGGCCACACCUCCUUCAUUUGGAAUGACAGGUUCAGAGGCCAAACCUAGUUCACUGGAACUGACAACUUCGGUGGCCACGUCUCCUUCACUGGGACUGCCAUGCUGAGGCCACACCUCCUUCGCUUGGACUAAGAGAUGCAGAGGCCACACCUCCUUCUCUGGGACUAACAGCUGAAGAGGCUACACCACCUUUAUUGGAACUGCCAGGUUUAGUGGCCACACCUUCUUUAAUAGGACAGGCAUGUUAAGGCCACACCUUCUUCACUUUGACGAACAGGUUCAGAGGCCAGACCACCUUCAUUGGAACUGACAGGUUCAGUGACCACACUUCCUUCAAUGGAACUGACAGAUGCAGAGGCCACACCUCCUUCAAUGUAACUGAGAGAUGCAGAGACCACACCACCUUCAUUGAGACUGAUAAGUUCAGAGGCCAUACCUCCUUCAUUGGGACUGACAUGUUCAGUGGCCAUGCCUCCUUCACCUGGACUGAAAUGCUAAGGCCACACUUUCUUAAUUGGGACUGACAGGUUCAGUGGCCACAUCUCCUACACUGGGACUGACAGGUUCAGAGGCCACACCUCAUUCACUGGGACUGACAGGUUCAGAGGCCACGCCUCUUACAUUGGUACUGUCAGAUGCUGAGGCCACACCUCCUUCACCUGGAUUGACAGGAUCAGACACCAUACCUUCUUCACUGAAAGUGACACCUGAGAUUAUGCCACUUUCACCAUAAAAUUAAAUAAAGAAAGUGAAAUAAAAUAAAAUAAAAUAAAACAGUAGUUUAUAAAUACAUUUAAAAAAACACCCAUAAAGCUACAGAGUGUUCCUCAACACAUUUACAUCUUCCACUGUGUAUUGUGCUCUUUAGAUAAUGUAUGUCCUGCCUCAGCGUUUCUCAGGCAUGUAAGUAAAUGUUUCCACUCUGAGGUUUCUUUAGUGGAGUGUAACUGAUCUGAUCAGUGCUGGUGUUGGGUGAUAGACCAUGAUGCAGAGCCUUGCCUUACCGCUGAUUUCACAUCUAAUAUUUCAGCUCUGCUUCAGAGCAACAAACCCUACACUUCCAUCUAUCAGUUAACCCUUAAGUUCUAUAAGAGUCAAAAUUGGAAGGUUUAAAUUGGUGCGUAAUUUGUCUAGUUGCAAACUCCUCAUGAAGCAAUGUAGAUAAGCUAGGUACACUAGAAGCUACUUAGAGCUAUACCUAGCUGUCUACAAUGAAGCUAAUUUGACAAGCCGAGAAGAAUCAGCUAUUAUCUUUAUUUAUCGUGUGGCUACUUCAUUGUACAAAAUAUAAUCCACAUGGUUUCUACAGGGUAUGCCAAAAACUACAGAUGAAACCGAAUCAAAGAAAGCUCACUGAUACUCUUUACUUUGAUUUGAAACAUCUAGCUAGGUAAUUUUGACAUUGGUGAAUACUGUAGCUAGUUACUGGAAAAGCUACAGACUAUGUUAAAAUAGUAGUAUUGCUACGUAUACAGAAGCUAGCUACCCCAUAAUAUUGUUUACAUUUACUGUAUUGUCCCUUUUGCACUGAUCCCAGAACCCUUUGAUUUUGAGCUAAUGUUGCUAGCAGGCUCAUUCAUGGAAAUUCUUUUCAGUUCAUUUUAAGUAUUUUGGGUGGAGUAAAAUUAGUUAGCUACAUUUUUCUUGUACACUAUAAAAUUGAUAUAAAAAUGUAAACUCUUUACAGUAAAAUUGAAGUCAUUUCCAGCUAGGAAUUAGUGCUAAAGGCUAGCAUUUGGGUUUAAAGUUUGGGAAGUUAGUGGUUAAACAUUAGAAUUAGUAUUAGAUACUAGGGGUUGAAUGUCACGGUCAGGUUUUUUAAAUUAAGGCUGGGAUUGACACUUGAUAAACUUAGUGAUGAGUGGUUAAAGUUAGGGCUACAGUGUACAGGUUGGGUCAGUUGAUUGUGUGUGUGUGUGUGUGUGUGUGUGUGUGUGCGCAUGCUCUACCCUAUACGUCAUCUCUAGUUUCUCCCCAGCAUAAGGUUACUCAAUACUGGCUUUAAUAGAUUAAAGCCACUCUGAGCCCAAAUGGAGACGAGGUCAGAAACAGCGACUCAUCACACACACUGGCACACACCUGUAGACCUUCCUUCAGGUGAGCUAGGAGUGUAUAUGCGGAGCUCGGAGAAAAGCAUAAAUGAGUGUGUGUGUUUGGAUGUCUAGCUUUGUAUUGGCAAACUGUGAGCAAUUCUAGCUUGAUGUUAUUUAAUCUGAAUAAUGUGUAUGUGUGGGUGUGUGUGUGAGAGAGACAGAGAGAGAGACAGAGAGAGAGAGAGAGAGAGAGACCAUAUGUCCUCACAAAGAUAGGAAUAUCUGUUUUGGGGACAUUUGGCUGGUCCCCAUAAAGAAAAAUUGUUUGUUGUUUGUUUGUUUUGUUGUUGUUUUUGAAAAACUGUGGCUUUUAUUAUUUUUAUUAAAAACACUUUUGGUAACUGAGGUUGGUAGGUUAGAUUUUGAUAGAAAUUACUUAAAAACAUUAAAAAUUAUGUGAUUGGACAAGUAUACUAAGAUAGUGUGUGUAUAUGUCAGUGUGUAUAUGUCAGUGUGUGUGUGUGUUUCAUUUAUAGAUAUGAAUUUAGCUUUAACUAUUUUUUAAAAUAUAUAAGACUUAGAACUGGAACAUAUUAUCAAAUCAAGUAAAUCUCAAUUAAAGUAGGAAACCACACUCAUUGAAACUGUAAAGCAAAAACUAGGACAAGGAACUUGUAAGGUUCACAGUAACAUGUCUUAGUAAUGCAGUUAGACCGUGACAAACUGAAAGUGACAGGAUCCGAAAACACCCACAACAAGAGAUUGACAGAGAUUGGGUCAAGAGUGAUGCAGUGGUGUCACUGAGUCUGAUGAGCUGAAUCAGAGAGGGUUAGGGGCUGAAAUGGAUACUGCACAGAGCAAAGGGCAGAAGCAUGGACUGGUAGUAAGCAAGAACAUGAACAGAGCCCGUGAAAGAGAGGCUUGCAAGACUGCUUGCUGCAUUGGCUUCAGGAACUUCAGAGACACUAGGAGAGUGAUUAUGGGAUGGGGCUCAAAGGCCACUGGGAGGAGAUGCUGGAAGCAAUGGGCAAUUUAGAGGAAAGGCUUGAGCUAGAAGAACCUUGACUGGGAUGGCAUUACAUUUUAUCUCAUUUUAUACAACUAAGCAAUUGAGGGUUAAGGGCCUUGCUCAGGGGCUCAGCAGUAUCAUCUUGGUGGUCCUGGUAUUUGAACACACAACCUUGCAAUUAGUAGUCCAAGUUAAUAACACCUUAACCAUUGAGCUACCAAAUCCCCUUCAGAUACCCUGGGAGGAUGAUGCUAGAAAGCUCUGGGCAAUUGGGAGGCAAGGUUUGGGCUAGAAGAACAUUGACUGGGACCUCAGGAACAUUGGGUUGGCAAGGUUGGGAUAACAUAACCUAAAGCCUUGGACAAAUAGGAAGUAAGGCUGGGACCACAGGACUGUUGGAAGGCCACCAGACAAUUAUAAGGGGAAUCUGGACAACUAGAGGGUACAGCUGGUUAGAAGUUUGGAAACCAAAUAUAUUUACUUCUCUUUUAGUCCUUGUAACUUCCAGAUUCAUUGAGAAGCUCUUCUUUUACACAGACAUAACAAGACCUUCAGUUACUCAGUCACAUAUGACAAUUAUUGGCAAUAUAUUCUGUAAUGCAUCAGUGUUUAUCUUUCUUCUGCUAGCUUUAUAACUUGUCAGGCCACAAAGAUAGUACUGAGGAUAGUUGACCCUCAUGUCCUCUCAUUUCAUCAAUCUUAGUUAGUACACUUUUUUGUAAAAUGCUCCCACGCUUUCAUGUCAUAUCACCUAUUGGUUUGGUUUUGGUGCCUCUCAACAAUUUUCUAAUUGAGAACUGUAAUCCAGAUGUCCAGAGAUCAUUCUUAAAAGCAAAAGCUCCUGGCUGUUGUACGCUGUCAUAGGUAAAAGCUGUUUCACAAAUAAUCUGAGCUCUCAACUAGAUCUGGUGCAUUUUUUGCAGCAACUUUUUGCAGGGACUGCUAGUCAGUGGCAAGUCCCCAUUUAUGUUAAAGAUAUAUGCACCAUAACACUGUGGAAUGCAUUUGUCUAUCAUGUCAAUAUCCUUUCUGAAAGCAGAGGUUCCUCCAUCCACCUCAAUUCCCUUAAGAAGCCUGUAUAAAAAUACUGUAAGGGACGUCUCUGAAAACCUUUUGCAUCAGCCAAAAGAGAACUCCUAAGCUUGCUUUGCGUGCUUUGGUGGCUAGAUGAAUCUAUCACCCAAAGUGAAUGUUCAGUGAUGGCAAGUCUAUAAAAUGUACCUUGAUGUGCUUGAUAUGAACCAUAUAGUACUGUAUAAGACUCUGGCCUCAGCUGUCUGCCAAGGAGAAAAGACAAGUGGUGGUCUGUUGUCUAAACAGAGGCUACUGGUCAGUCUGUCUAGACUGCUAUCAAGAUAAUACCCAAGUCAGGUUUUAGACAGACUUCACGGUUUUCUGUGCUUCUACUUUACAGAGAACAAUUUUUUAAAUUAAUGUAUGUCUUAUAUUCCAAGAUACACCUGUUCAGUUUUUACACCGAUGUAAACACUAAAACUUUUCUUCUCUUUAAUUUGUAGGGACUCAGAGUUCCCUCAGUGUGAUGAGCAUUGCUGUGAAGCCCAAUGGUGACAUACCAGUUAGGAAUCUGAGCUGUAAUUUAGCUCCCUUGGAGGUCUGAUCUCUGUCAUCAAGUUCACAGAUGACUGUCCAAGCUGAGAGGAUGGAGGUGGCAUUAGUUGACUUUGAGAAGUUAGAGAACAUGAAAAUUAAUGGAGAUGACCCAAAUUACUCCAAUGACAAGGCAGCUUUGACGGCAGAUAUGCCAGAAAAGUGGGAGGCCACCAAUGUCAACCAUGUCAUGGAUACCCCAAAUAUCCGUUCCUACCAAGAGAAAAGUCAGAUCAUGAGGGAGGCAGAAUCUCCCUCCAUUCUAACCCCAACAACAAGAGGACGUCCUAGCUGUGCUAGCCUAAUAUCCAACUGGAAACUUUUAUUAAACAUGGAAGGCUCUCAGGGUGAUGGCAUUUUCAACAAACUGGCCAAAGAAUGCUAUGAGGAUCUAUUUGUGGACAAGAAAGAGAUUGAGGAUGGUGAGCAAAAAGUCAUUAUCAACAUCGCUGGUCUUCAUUUUGAAACAAGACUCAAGACCUUGGACCAGUUUCCUGAUACUUUACUGGGAGAUCCUUUAAAAAGAAUGGACUACUUUGAUCCAAUGAGAAAUGAAUAUUUCUUUGAUCGUAAUCGCCCCAGCUUUGAUGGAAUUCUAUACUAUUACCAGUCAGGUGGAAAGAUCCGCAGACCUGCAAAUGUUCCCUUGGAUGUUUUUGCAGAUGAGAUCAAUUUCUAUCAGCUAGGUAGUGAAGCCAUGGAGCAGUUCCGUGAAGAAGAAGGCUUUAUCAAAGAACCGGAGGUUCCUUUACCAUCCAAUGAGUUCUAUAGACAAUUUUGGUUGCUCUUUGAGUACCCCGAGAGCUCCAAUGCUGCUCGUGGGGUUGCUUUGGUCUCACUUAUUGUGAUUAUCAUCUCCAUCAUCAUCUUUUGUAUGGAGACCCUUCCUGAGUUUCGUGAUGACUUUGAGGUCUUUCAAGUCAUGGGACUACCAAUCAAUCAAACAAAGGAUGCUGAAGUUUCCUCACUCUCUUCAUCAAGUGCCACUUCCAAAACCAUUAGCACCACUUUCACUGACCCUUUCUUCAUCAUUGAGACAGCCUGCAUCAUCUGGUUUGUCUUUGAAAUUACUGUCCGUUUCCUGGUCUGCCCAAGCAAACGCAAGUUCUUUAAUAACAUCAUGAACGUUAUUGACCUCAUCUCGGUCAUCCCGUAUUUUGUCACUGUCAUAACUGAGCUGGCAGCUGUGACCAAUAGUAACACUAGUGGACAGAGCAUGUCCCUGGCCAUUCUUCGAAUAAUCAGGUUAGUGAGAGUCUUCAGGAUCUUCAAGCUAUCACGUCACUCCAAAGGUCUUCAGAUUUUGGGUCAGACACUCAAGGCCAGCAUGAGGGAGCUGGGCUUGCUCAUCUUUUUUCUCUUCAUCGGAGUUAUACUCUUCUCCAGUGCCAUCUACUUCGUCGAGGUGGAUGAUCCCAACACACAGUUCAGUAGCAUCCCUGAUGGAUUCUGGUGGGCCGUGGUCACCAUGACCACCGUGGGAUAUGGAGACAUGUGUCCUAUCACGCUGGGAGGAAAAAUAGUCGGCACGUUGUGUGCCAUCGCUGGGGUUUUGACCAUUGCAUUGCCCGUGCCUGUCAUUGUGUCCAACUUCAACUAUUUCUACCACCGGGAGACGGAGCAGGAGGACAAGAAGCAGAUAUCUGAAGAUUCUCAAAAAUUAGGGAAUGACACAAAACAUGGCAGCAGCUCAUCUUUAAAUAGGGUAAACGAAAUCUCUGAAGGUAGAAAACGUUAAACGUACUAAAACACUUCACUGGCAUUUGUGCUAGAACAUUUUAGUUAGUAUUAUUCUUUUGAAUAAUUAAGUAAGUAUUUGGUCUCUGAAAAACAAUGAAUGUAUCUUAAUGAGUGCUCUUUCAGUCACAGCAGAUUUUAGGCUCACACACCAAAAACUCAUAAUCCCAUAAAGAUGCUACCUCAUGAAGCCACAAUCUGCAAUUCCUAACAAUAUACCAUGUAUAAUUUGUCAGAGUGUAAGAAAAUGUAGAUCUAUAUUAUAUAGAAUUGUAUAUUUGCUAGAAAACAAUCGAAGCACUUUGAAAACAAACCUGAUUUAUUUGUAACUAAUAUUUCCAUGCCAUUUGAAUACAUCAGUGAUUCAACCCUUUGCAAGUCUAUUUGGCUGUGUUCACAUUACAAACUUUUUUUUGCCACAACUGACUCAUAUCUGUCUUCAACCUGGUAAUGUGAACUCAGAGUCAUACUUUAUAUCACACUCUAAUGAGGAUAUUUUAGAUAGCACGUAUACACCAAUAUACCAAUGUAUGGUCAUUUUCUAAGAUGUAUUUCUUGAUCACUACACUUUUCCACACUCACAUGCAAAACA